GUCCACCUCUCCCAUGGCUUCCUCCUGCUUUUCAAAAUCCAAAACUAUCAUCAUGCGUAAUCUCAAAUCCAAAAACUUUUUCAUGCUAGGCUUCAUCAAUCACACUUAUUCCAUUACUAAUUUGCAGUUUCCUCGCCAUCUUCUUCAUACGAUCUCAUCUCCACCAUUACCGGUUUCCAACUAUGCAAGUUCUUCACCAUAUAAUUACUCCAUUGCUUUCUCCCGUUGUUUCGCGUCGGUCUAUGGUGGAAGACGAUUAAAUACUGCUACCAGUGUUAGGAACAGCGUCGAUCAGUUAUCUACUGAAGCUCCUUUGCAGCAAGACCUAGAUUUUCCAGGUGGACGAGUUAAGUUUACCCCAAAACCGGUAUUCACAUCCAGUUCUACGGAGGAAAGGACCCCUUGUUACCGAGUGCUUAAUGACAAUGGCCAGCCAAUCCUUGAUGGAGAUUCAGUUAAGAUCAGCAAAGAACUUGCUGUCAAGAUGUAUACCAACAUGGUAACACUUCAAGUUAUGGAUACUAUCUUCUAUGAGGCACAGAGACAAGGAAGAAUAUCCUUCUAUCUUACCACAAUAGGGGAGGAGGCAAUCAACAUUGCAUCAGCAGCAGCUCUAAACUACAAUGAUUUUGUCUUCCCUCAGUAUAGGGAGCCUGGAGUACUUCUCUGGAGAGGAUUUACUUUACAAGAUUUUGCCGAUCAGUGUUUUGGAAACAAAAAUGAUAACGGAAAAGGACGGCAGAUGCCUAUCCAUUAUGGGUCUAGAAAGCACAAUUACUUUACAGUGGCAUCAACUGUAGGAACACAGAUUCCACACGCAGUUGGUGCUGCCUAUUCCUUAAAGAUGGAAAAACAAGAUGCAUGCACAGUCACGUAUUUUGGUGAUGGAGGCAGCAGUACGGGAGAUUUCCAUGCUGCUUUGAACUUUGCUGCGGUUAUGGAGGUCCCAGUAAUUUUUUUCUGUCGAAACAAUGGAUGGGCCAUUAGUACCCCAAUCAAUGAUCAGCUUCGAAGUGACGGUAUUGUUGUAAGAGGGAAGGCGUAUGGAGUUCCUAGCAUCCGAGUAGAUGGUAAUGAUGCUCUAGCUAUCUAUUCUGCUGUUCAUAAAGCACGCAAAAUGGCUAUUGAAGAACAAACACCUGUUUUAAUUGAGGCCCUCACAUACAGAGCAGGACACCACUCGACAUCAGAUGACUCAACCAAGUACCGUCCAGUUGACGAAAUAGAAAGGUGGCGAGGUGAUCAAAACCCUCUAAAGAGAUUUAGGAAAUGGAUUGAAACCAAAGGCUGGUGGAGUGAUGAGGCCGAAUCAGAACAUCGUAACGGCAUAAGGAAACAGUUAUCGCAAGCGAUUCAAGCUGCAGAGCGGGUGGAAAAACCUCCAAUUUCAGACAUAUUCAACGACGUAUAUGAUAUUCCCUCUAAAAACCUUACCGAGCAGGAGGCUUUUCUAAGAAGAACCAUCCAAAAACAUGCACAGGAUUAUCCCUCCAAUGUUCCCAUGUAAAGCGAUCAAGUCAUGUAUCAUCCCACUAAUUAUAAUAGCAUCAGGAUUCUAGAUCGAAACCAUUUUACAUAUCCAUGGCUUCCAAUUAGAUUCGUUAGCAAGUUGAAUCUCACACAAUGAUUACUACUUGUUAAGAUUCAUGCAUACAACCCGUAUAGCCCGAUAGGUGAACCUAAAUGGGGUUUAUGGUCUCCACGAGCACUAGGUGUAGCACACGAGGGCAGGAUGUCGUGCUUUCGUCUGUUUCGUCAAGGAAAACAAUCUUUAUAGUUUUUAAUAAUCAUUGGUGUUCAGUCC